CUGUACCUUCCGUUUCUGUGGUGGACCAAUCUUGACUCCCUAUAUAGUCUCUGCUGCUUUAGCAGUACAGGUUGCUGUAUCUUAAACACUGCAAGUUUUAGAAACUUUGGACAUGAAUUUUAAGUGUUUUUGAUUCUCUGGUGAUGUUGAAGAGGCAACUUCCGGAGGAGGAUAAGGAGGGUGGUUCCGGAUUUUCGGCUCGAGGAUCAAGAAGAAGGCCUAACAUUAAUUAUUUGAGAAAUGUGACCGGAGGGCUGUUGCCGGAUGAAUUUGCAUCUUUCCUCGAGCCUCUCUUUCGGAAAGUGCAGGUUAGUGAGGAAGUGGAACGUGCAAUCUCACGCUUUCUUGAUCCAUCGUUGAGAGCGCCAUCUAUUGCCGUUGGAACUUCUGAAGAAAGCAGUCUGCGACUGCAAUUUGUUACCAAAUUACCGGCAACCAUCUUCACUAGCAGUCAGAUAGAAGCCGAGGAUGGUACUCCCCUCAGGAUCGAACUAGUCGAUGGCAUGACCAAUGAGAGGGUUACAAGUGGCCCUCUAUCUUCGAUAAAGCUCGAAAUUGUCGUCCUUAACGGCGAUUUUGAGUCAGAUGAGUUAGAGGAUUGGACCGAGAAGGAAUUCAAUCGCAAUAUCAUUCGUGAAAGGGAAGGGAAAAGGCCAUUGAUAACUGGGGAGCUGACUGUGAUCUUGCAAGGAGGAAGUGGUUGCCUCCGUAAUUUAAUCAUCACCGACAACUCGAGCUGGAUGAGAAGUCGGAAAUUCAGGUUAGGAGCUCGAGCUGUUCAAAAGGUUUCUACAGAAAUAAGAAUAAGGGAAGCGAGUAGUGAAACUUUUGUUGUUAAAGAUCAUCGCGGAGAGUUGAACAAGAAGCACCACCCUCCAUUUCUGUGUGAUGAAGUGUGGCGUUUAGAGAAAGUAGCCAAAGAUGGCGCUUUACAGAAGCGAAUGACUUCAAGAGGAAUCAACACUGUUCAAGAUUUCCUCCAGCUAUACGAAGCCGAUGCGUCCUCUCUAAGAAACAUACUUGGCCCUGGGAUCCCAAACCGGAUAUGGGAGACAAUUGUCAGACAUGCCAGCACCUGUGUGGUAGACGACAACAAGAUGUACGCUUACUACCAAGCUUGGAACAAGGCCAGUAUACUGUUCAAUUCGGUGAUGAAAGUUGCUCAAGCAACACUUGAUGGCCAAACUUACCAGUCACUACACCAAUUGACCCCCUCUCAGAAGAUUUUGGUGCAGAACUUAAGAAGGCAAGCUUACUAUAACAAGAAUCAAUGGGUUCCUGUUGAUGCCCUACCCAGCAUCACUACUCCAAGAGCCCUGACCAAUUUGCCUACGGAGCCGUUAAUUGGCCUGAGCCCGCCUCUUCAUCAUCCAGAUUACACAGUCCUAAACCAAGAUAUACCAGAAGAGGCUCCUGAAUUUAGUUACUCAUUGGCUUCAGCAUCGCACUGCUACAAUGUCACAAAGAACAAACAACUAGAUUGUCUGGGGCCACAGAGUCAUAUCAUCACAAAAACCUUUAAUCCGAACAUGGAAAACAGCCUGGCGAGGCAGGAAUUUUUGUCUGGCAUUAGCGUUGGCGAAAGCAGUCAUCAUCCUGGUUACUCACGAGGCCCCUUUGUGCCGAACAUUCAUUUGUCUCCUGAGUCUCCGAUCCCUGGCAAUUUGAUGUGGACACCGGAGCAUACUUUCGCCGUUGAAUCAGGCGGUGUGGCAGAUCUCGGGAUCUGUCCAUCUGGCAUGGGUUUUGGAGUCUGUAAGACUGAGAUUUCAAGGUCCAGGGCAGCGUGGUGCAAGAUCCGUGCCGUGGUGAAGUGGGGAUCAGUACGUCGUGUUGUGGCUGCAAGGAGAACAGCAAUGUUCAAUUUUCCACAUUAUUAAGCUGUACACAUGGAAAGUCCUAUCCCUGAGAGAAUUUUAGGUGCUCCAGGAGCACGAAACUCUCAUCCACACAAGCCAACCAUCACGUGGCGAAGUAUCAUUAUUUAUACAGAAAACAAAAAAAGAAAUUUAUAAUGCUUGACGCUCGAUGAUUGGCUUUAGUGGAUGAGAAUGUCUUAUUUGCGGAGGACCAUGUUUCUGCAAAGCAUCCAACGACAAGCCGCCCUACAUGCAUCAAUUCAGUAUUAUGCCUAAAAAUCCAAGGACAAGUUCCAAUAGGACGUCUCUUCUUUGUAAAGAUCACGCAAGCUCAUCUUAUGAAGUACCUCAACAUAAGGAUUUUUCUUCAAGAAUUGGAAGCCUUCUUGUCUUUCUUGUUCAAGAAUUGUUCAGCAUUUUGUUUGUCCCAACCCAUUAUAUCUUGAGUCAUUAGUUUAUUGCUCUGAUAUACUUAGCAGACUUUGCUUUGCUUUACACAA